AUGUCGACCGCCAACGCCUCGGGCUUGCCGCCAGGUGUGGAGAAGCUACGAGAGAUGCUAGCAGGUGCGCAUGAUUCCGGCAAGUGGGAUUCAGCAUGGAAAGCCGGCUUGACGCCAUGGGACAAGGGUCAAGCUCAAGCAGCGCUGGUCUCUACGCUUUCGGAGGCAAAGACGUCUGAGUUGCUCCCAACUUCCGGCCGAGCUGUCGUGCCAGGAAUGGGCAGAGGCUACGACGUGGCCCUCUUGGCUUCCAGAGGCUUGCACACCGUCGGCGUCGAUAUCAGUCCAAAGGCAGUCGAAGCGGCUCAGCAAUGGCUGGAUAGCCAGUCAUCAGCUCCGGCCUCAAGUCAAAUGUCUGUAAGGGCAGCAGAUUGGUUCAGUCUUGAGCCCACGCAAGCCGACUCAGAAAAGGAGACCGAUGGCACAAUCAAAUCUUUUGAUCUUGCAUACGACUACACUUUCUUUUGCGCCCUGCCUAGCACUCUGCACCAGAAGUGGGCAGACACCUAUGCUCGACUUAUUAAGCCAGGGGGAAAGUUGCUUUGCUUGGUGUAUCCUAUCGGGCCCUCAAGUGAUGCCGGGCCGCCGGUGAGCAAAGACUGGCACCAAUUUGUGUUUCAUGAUGCCGCUCAUUCGAAUCGUUCCUCUCCUUUGCGAGUAGUACAACGUCUCCCCAGAUCAGCACAUAGCACUACUUUCGAAGGCUUUCGAGCUCGAGCACCACGCGCCGCCGAGCAAGAGCGCUCCAGAACGAAAAGGCAAGGAAGAAAUCAUGAUCUGGCGGCGGAAAUGA